AGCUCGCGGCCCGCGCCCCUACCCUCUACCUCUGCGGCGACAGCACCAUGGCCAGGAGCAGUGACUCCCAGAUGGAUGGCUGGGGCCAGUAUGUCUCAAAGUACCUCAACAUCGCCGUCGUCAACCGUGCCAUCGGCGGCCGCUCAUCCCGUUCCUUCUGGAACGAGGGCCGCUUCCAAAACGUCGCCAACGAGGUCAAGGCCGGCGACAUCGUCGUCAUCGAGUUUGGCCACAACGACGUCGGCUCUCCGCGCUCCAACGACAAUGGCCGCUCCGUCUGCGGCGGUGAGGGCACCGAGACGUGCAUCUCUGACGUGACGGGCGAGACCGUCUACACCUACGUCUUUUACGUCAUCCAGGCCGCCAAGCUCAUGACCGCCAAGGGUGCCACCGUCAUCCUCAGCUCGCAGACGCCCAAGAACCAGUGGGCCACUGGCACUUGGGUCGGCACCCCGUCCCGCUUCGUCGCCAUGCAGAAGAAGGCCGCCGCGACCAUCAACGACCCGGCCGUCACUUUCGUCGACCACCACCAGGCCGUCAGCAACAUGUACCUCAAGCUUGGAUCGUCUGCCGUCAAGGCCCUGUACAUCAAGGACAACACACACACCAGCGCGGCUGGUGCCGACCUCAGCUCCCAGGCUUUCGUCCAGGCCAUCUACCAGAAGAUGAACGGCACCACCAGCCUCGCUGCCCACGUCAAGACACCCAUCAAGACCGUCUACUAGUCGGCAGACCGAAAUUCACAUGCGAGGAUAAGGGGAGGUUGCGGUGGUGGCACGUGUGGUAUGGGGGAGUAAUGUGGUCGUCUCGUUGAAGAGCUUGGUCUCUGAUGACUUGACGGUUCGAAAUUCACUGUAUAUGUUUCAAAAAAAUAAGCUAAGGCUCUGUAAAUAGGCAAAACGAGC